AUGGACAACAAUCUCAAUUCCAAUUCCCUCGACAACGACAAACCCCAUACUGGGCUGCACAUCGAGGAUGCCAACAAUUCCUCCGUCUCCUCGACCCGUGAUGCCGGCCAUCCGGAAGAUAUUGAUGACGACGACUUUGGCAAACGCGAAGCGGCCGUCGUCUUCAAGCUCGACUGCUUCAUUGCGCCGGUCAUGAUGCUGCUGAUGCUGAUUUCGUAUCUGGAUCGGGGGAAUAUCGGCUUCGCUGCGACGCAGGGCUUGUCAAAGGAUAUUGGGUUAAAGGGGUCGGAGUUGAAUAUCGCCAUAUCCGUCUUCUACGUCUUCUACAUCCUUGCUGAGUUCCCCACCUCCCUCCUCGUCAAACGCCUCCAGUACAACCGCGUCAUCCCGUUCAUCACGGCAUGCUGGGGCCUCGUCUGCCUGUGCACCGGCUUCGUGCAGGGGUUUGCGUCCCUCGUCGUGACGCGUCUGCUGCUGGGUUUCUUUGAAGGGUGUCUGUUCCCGUCUAUGACACUGUUCCUGUGCGACUGGUACAAGCGCGAGGAGUUGGCGACGAGGAUUUCGUUUCUUUUUGUGGCAUCCGCUCUUUCAGGUGCGUUUGGCGGUCUUCUUGCCUAUGCGAUUCUCUACAUGGAUGGCACAGCGGGGUUGCAUGGGUGGAGGUGGCUCUACAUCAUCGAAGGCCUCAUCACCAUCGUCUGGGCAGCUAUCUGCCUGUUCGUCGUGCCCAAGAACUUCGAGACAGCAUACUUCCUGUCCGAGAAGGACAAGGUCGUCAUGCGCCGGCGCGCGGAGGUCAUGGCCUCGUACAGCGGUGGGCGCGGACACUACAAAUGGAAGGAUAUCAAGAUGGCUGCUGUAGAUGUCAAGAGCUGGGUUCAUGGCGUGAUUCAGAUCUGUGUCGUGACGAUUCUUUACGGUGGGCUUACCUUGCCUUCGGGAUUCGGCACCUUCCUCCCCAUCAUCCUCAAGGAUGGAUUCCACUAUUCGACGAUCCAGGCCCAGUAUCUCGUUAUCCCAGUCAACCUCUGGGGCGCCCUCACCUACGCCGUCGGCGCCGUACUCUCCGACCGCUACAAAGCGCGCUUCCUGUCUCUCAUCCUUGCCGCGCCCUUCGGUAUCGCCGGGUACGCCAUCCUGGUCGUGAACGGCCAUGACCACGCCGUAUCCCCUGGCGUGCGCUACUUCGCUACCUACCUCAUCGCCACAGCAUGCUACCUCUGCACAGGCACCAACAUCGCCUGGCUCUCGUCCAACUGCGCCCCUGACGGGAAACGCGCCGCCAGCGUGGGCAUCUUGCUCUCGCUGACGAAUAUCGGCGGUGUUGUAGCGGGGCAGAUCUACCAGACGGCUGCCGCGCCGGCGUUUGUGUUGGGCCACUCGUGGAGUUUGGGCUGUUUGGUUUUCGCAUGGUGUGGAUGGUGGAUCGUCCUGUUUAUCUACUGGCGUAGGGAGAGGGGGAAGGAUCGAAAUAUCCUCCUGGGGAAGACGAUUCCCCCUGAAGAAUGGAGUGAUCGGGCGCCGGAUUUUCGGUAUCAGUUUUAG